GCAGCCCUUGUUGACUCCACCAUAGGAAGAGCAAGAUGUCUACGCUGGACGUGGAGGAUUUCAUUCAGCAAAACAGAGCCGUGGCCGACCAGGUGGAGACUUACCGGGGCUACUGGGAGAGCGAGAAGCACUGGGAGCCGCGGAGGGAGUUCAUCCUGCGGAACAUAGGCGACUUCGACGACGAGCAGCUGGACCAGCUCCUCUCCCUGUCCAUGGUGUGGGCCAACAACGUUUUCCUCGGCUGUCGGUAUAGCACUGAGCUCCUGGACAGAGUGAAGGAAAUGGCUGAAGGCAUCGUGGUGGAGGAUGCACCGGUUUUCAAGACGAGAGAUGAGAUUAUGAAGAAGCAACAGGGUCGAUGAUCGGAAGGAUAGUUUUGGAUCAAGAGUGAUCAGCUGUUGAGCACCGACAGGAUGUGCUUGCAUCAGCUUGGACCACAUUUUUAUGGUUUUACAAUCCUGCCUCAUUUAUAUUGGAUUUGAAAAGCAGAAAGACUGUCUUCCUCAGAUUUCCAGACUUUCAGUUGUAGAGAGAUGGCAAAGUGUUUUUUGGUCACUCAUUUCUAACCAUGAUGUUACAUUUUUAAGUGUACUGUUGUUUUUAGGGAUAUUUUUAUUUUAUAAAUUCAUGUGGAAGAUGACAGUGGAUGUCUUAGUGUUGCUGUCUGAAGCAGAAUAAAGGACUUGUGUUUUCUA